CGCAUCUUGAAGGCAACAUUUGCACCACGCGAGAACUAACCGGAGCCACGUAGCUACAAGGUGGUGUUUCAACCCCUGACAGAUGGACUAUCAGCCAGACGGACAGCUGGACAAUAUAGUGGACACCAGACAGGCUAUUUUAAGUGUAAAUUAAUGCAGCUUUUAUCGGAGCCUUGAUGCCCAACAGCCGCGAGUGCCGUCAAAGUCCUAAUCUGCUGCUGCAAAACACUUUAACCACGGAUCUGCCGCUUCCUGUUUUGUGAGCUAGAGUGACUGCUGCCUAACUCAUCACACCUGCACUAAAGGUUAAAAAAAAAGUACCUAAUUUACCUACCCAUCUGCUCAGAGUACUUCUACUCUCGGACCAGUCACACGUGUUGUGUCUAAGCUGUGUCAAUCACACACACCCACACUAGCAGGAUUUAAAACACACAGCCUGGUUCUGCGCCCACACACAGUCACAGCAAAUAUGGCCAGCAAGCUGUCCAACUUUGGCAAAACCCUGCUGCGGCGACGGGCUUUAGACUUCUCCAGUGAAGAGACCCAAUUCGCCCGCUGCCUGUCCACCCUGGACCUCAUUGCCUUGGGGGUGGGCUCCACACUCGGCGCAGGUGUCUACGUCCUCGCUGGCGAGGUUGCCCGAGAAAAGGCGGGACCUGCUAUUGUCCUCUGCUUCCUCAUCGCCGCUCUGUCGUCCAUGUUGGCCGGCCUGUGCUACGCUGAAUUCGGCGCCCGUGUCCCCAAAACGGGCUCUGCGUACCUUUACAGCUACGUGACGGUUGGAGAAAUCUGGGCCUUCAUCACAGGGUGGAACCUCAUCCUCUCCUAUGUGAUAGGUACGGCAAGUGUAGCCAGGGCGUGGAGCUCAACGUUCGACAGCCUGGUUGAGCAAAAGAUCUCUGACUUCUUUAAAUCAUCCAUGAAAAUGGAGGUGCCAGGGAAUGUGCUGGCAGAGUACCCUGACCUGUUCGCCCUCAUCCUGGUCCUGCUGCUCAGUGGACUUCUGGCCUUUGGUGUGAACGAGUCGGCGCUGGUGAAUAAGAUCUUCACAGGCAUCAAUCUGGUGGUUCUGGGCUUCGUUAUCAUCUCUGGCUUUGUUAAGGGGGACACGGCCAACUGGAACCUGAAGGAGGAAGACUACCUCAUCUUCAGAAACAUCUCCAACAGCAGCCGGGAGAAAAUCGAGGAGGAAUUUGGCGUGGGUGGUUUUGCGCCGUUUGGUCUGACUGGAGUCCUGUCUGGUGCUGCCACCUGCUUCUACGCCUUUGUGGGCUUUGACUGCAUCGCUACAACAAGCGAAGAAGCUAAGAACCCCAUGCGGUCCAUACCUGUUGGCAUCGUCGCCUCGCUGCUCAUUUGCUUUUUCGCCUACUUCGGCGUGUCGGCCGCCCUGACCCUCAUGAUGCCGUACUACCAGCUGAACACCCAGAGCCCUCUGCCCGAGGCCUUCAGCUACGUGGGCUGGGCUCCUGCCAGAUACAUCGUGGCUGUGGGCUCGCUCUGCGCUCUGUCCACCAGUCUCCUAGGCUCUAUGUUCCCCAUGCCCCGUGUUAUCUACGCCAUGGCUGAGGACGGGCUGCUGUUCCGUAUCCUGUCCAGGAUCAACGCUCGCACAAAGACUCCUCUCCUGGCUACCAUCGCUUCUGGCAUUGUUGCAGCUCUGAUGGCCUUCCUGUUCGACCUGGCAGCUCUAGUUGAUCUCAUGUCUAUCGGAACUCUGUUGGCGUACUCUUUAGUGGCCAUCUGCGUCCUCAUCCUCAGGUACCAGCCGGGCACCCUGAACUCAUCCAGCCAGAUGGAGAAGCUGGUGGAGCUGGUGGAAGGAGAGAAGGUCGCUGUAAGCGGAGGGGACAGCGGCGACGAGUACGGCAUGGAGACGGAAGAGAAGCCGCUCCGUGAGGCCUUCACCUUCAAACUGCUCUUCUGCCCGAGCGGGAAGAACCCAACGAAGACCUCCGGGAACAUCGUCUACGCCACCACUGCUAUUAUUUCUGUUUUUAUCACCGUACUGUGCAUUAUCCUGGCCAACUGUCUGACGGAGCUGCUGGCUGGACACGCAGCUGUCAUGGUGCCCUGUGUCAUCUUGUUUCUGCUGUGUGUUGUCUGUCUCAUCAUCAUCGUCAGGCAGCCCGAGAGCAAAGAGGCUCUCACUUUCAAGGUCCCUCUGCUGCCCUGGUUGCCCCUGUUCAGUGUUUUCGUCAACAUCUACCUCAUGAUGCAGCUGGACCGGGGCACAUGGUGCCGCUUCGCCGUCUGGAUGCUCAUCGGUUUCGCCAUCUACUUCUUCUACGGUAUUAAGAACAGCAGCGAAGCCGCCAAGAGGUCAUCCCCACGCAAAUACGAGCCGGCGCUGCAGAGCAAGAGCCCGAUUUACAAGGGCGCCCCUGACGACAGUGACGUGGAGGCCGGCAGCCCCUGAUACACACUGACGCGGACCUGGGGAGUGUUGCCAGAGCAUCUGCACUCAUUUCGGCAGUCUGGUUGAACUGGCAGCCAAAUGCUGCGAUGUAGGCGGUUUGGAACGCAGCCCUGGGUUUAAAGGGAGGAGAGGCAAGAAAACGCCACACACACAUCUUACCUCUGACUUGGAGGCUGAUUAACUUGAUGGCUGGACACUGUGACAGAGCCACUUUCUGGCCCAUGUGUCUGCUUCAAUCUGUCUGUCUGUACUUAGCCUUAGCCCUCUGAGAGAUAUUUACCUGCCUAUAACAUGCUUUCGAUGGACCUGACUAACAAUGAGUGCCACGGCGCUCCUUUCCGUUAUCUGAAGCCGUUAACCAGAAGAAUGUUAGACUCUAACCGUUUUUUCGUCUUUGCUUCCUCUCCGUUAUUGGUGCGCUGUGGCUGCGUUGCGGCGCCACCGGGCCACUAGGGGUGAAUAUGAACUACUAUGACUAAAUCUUAUGACUUGAGCCAGUGAAGUUACGACCGCCGAGACACUUGAAUCAGUGAGCUAGACCUCAAUGAGCAGAAGUUACCACAAAGUGACAGAGCCUUCAGUAGAGUUAAUGUGUCUAGUUUACUCCCAGCCUGUUUGUCUGUCUGUCUGUUUGUUUGUUUGUAAACAGGGUAGCGCUGAGGCUGUGUGGUUUACAGUGUCAGUCAGGGCCUCAGUGCAGUUAGGUCAGUAGCACAUAGACAACGCUGAUGUCGUCUGCACUGUACAGUUCAGUGUCUGAGGCUGAAGUACAUACUUUAUGGAUAAACCCCCCCAGAGAACAGCCAUACAGUACAUGUACACAGCUUUCUUUAUAAAAAUGGUAUGAAACUAGUUGCUUAUCAUAAUUAUCCUUAUUAUAUUCCAUAGCUGAAAUGGUAUUUUCAGGCAUUUUGUGGCCUUUGUUACAACCUAAACCAGAUAACUUAAUUGCAAACUACUUUUUGACCCUGUAAAAGGGCCUGAAAUGCAGCAAUACAAGGAUAAAAUGCAAAGCAGCAGUUGUAAGGGAAGACACCACAGGCUAAAAAUGUUUAAUAGAUAUCACAAUUGAUUACUUGAAUCAAGACAAUUGUUUUUCUAAUUACGAGUUUUCAGAAAUGUCCUGUUUGAAUAUGCAAAUGAGGCAGUAUCGUGUGAAAAUUUGGUGACUUUAAACACACAAAUAGUGUAUUUUGGAUGUUUUCUUUACACUGGUCUGAAAGAAAACAUGUCAUGAGACCAAAUAGCCCAAAGUCUAACAGUUGUCUGUAGUGUCUCACCUCAAUCUGUUUUUAUUGCAUUUACUGAAAACGCAAUCCAAAACACACAUUUUAAUCCACUUAUUUGUUUGGAUGUCAGAGCAUGUAAAGAUCUUCAUGAAUUUUAAAUAAUCAAUCUAUUUAAUUGAACCUGUCAGUUUCAUAUUCGUUGCUAAGCUGUACCUGGAUUUAUCCGCAGAUGUGAGGAGGUUGAUAAGAUUUUGCACUUAACAAGCUCAUUAAUCGCAUUAAGUUCAAAUAGAAGCCGUCACCUGUGACUGAUCCGGGAUCUGUUUCUGAACAAGGGGGUCCGUCUUUCAUCACCACUAAAAUCUCUUCUCCACCUUCUUGUUUUUACUUCCUUGUGAAAAGAAUCACAAAGUUUGUUUAGUUUCAAUUGAAACUCGUUCUCGGCAGCUCUAUCUGUUGAGUUCCCAUCACAUCAUAUUCAACUGUAUUUUAUUUGUAUUACUUUAUUUACUUCUACUGAUAGAACUGUUAAUAUUCUAAAUGUUUAUAGUCUUGUUCGGGGUAGCUUUCUGUUUUUUCGUUAUUGCCUUUUUUUUUUUUCCUAUCACACCCAAUCAGUUUUAAUAUGCUUUUUAGAUGUUAAUGUAUUUUAAUUGUUACAUGUACAGUUUUUAGUGUGCUGAUCUUUUUUGUCUCCCUUUUUACUUGUUUUUUGCUUUUGCUGCAAAAUGUCUUGUCGCCCAAAUGAUUUUAAUUGCGAUCCUUUCUGACCAAAUGAACGUGUUUUUGGAAACAAAGCUUUCCAAAACAAGAAUGACCACUAAAAGUUGGUCUCUAAAUUGUGUAAUAUAUAUAUAUAUAUAUUAAAAAAGAAGAGUUACCAAGUACCCCAACCCUCUGGAGUCAACAUAACUUAUUGUUUAUAGUAUUUUUUUUUGUUGUUCUAGUAAAGUGCUUUACUGUAGAAUGUACAGUAUUUGUUAAACAAUCUUUAUUUGUAUAAUGCUGUAAUUAGACAAAAUACUUUCUUUAACAUAUGACCUUCAGUAUAAUUUGGUGGGAGAUGUUUUUUUGUAAAUUACCCUUGAAGGCAUUUCAUUUGACACUUAAUAAGUCCAAAUGAUAAAAAUCCUUCCUUUCAGAUCAAAUGUUCCUGGUAGAUGCAUUUCUGUAGAUGCUUAAAAGAUGUCCCUUAACUUUAUCACUGUUUAGAAAACGCUCCCUCCCUUUCAGACACGUCACAACUCGACAUAUUGUCCAUGAAGGGAGGUCGAGUGAAGGUAGAUUUGGAUUCAGCCAGUGUUUCUAGAUGAUGUGAAUCAAUAACCUGGUGCCUAAAGAACCAUCGUUCUGCCUGAGAAAGACACCGGGGCUGGUGAAACAAAGGGUCCAGCUGGAUCUCGGACAAUUCGAAUCCUUCGUGAGUCGUGUGACAGCGAUAUCAUUAAAGUUCUGUCACACAGAGCUCUUCAUGCUCAGCCCUUGUGCCUUUCAAAGAUCAAUACUAUCAUCUCCUCCUCAAUGCUAUCUCAUUCACAGCAAUGAUCUAUUUUUGUCUUUGUUUUAUAUCCUGUACAUAUGGCUGUCAUGUAUAAAACAAGCUGUAUUUUCAGUGUUUUUUUUAAAUAAAACAAUUACUCAUG